UAGAAAGUUCCGGACUAUCGUUCGUACUGAAGGCAGAGACGAGAGCGUUUACUAAAGGUCGACAUUUCACCAAGGUGUCGCGUCUGUUUUUAUCAGGGAGCAAAUUUACACAUAUCCUAAUCAUUUAAAAAUGCCGAGAGGAAGCAGAAGCCGGACAUCCAGGAUGGCCCCUCCAGCCAGCCGGGCUCCACCAUCACCACCCCCUAUGGCCAGGGCUGCUCCUCCUCCCUCCUAUGCCCCGGCUCCAAUGCAUGCUCCUCCAUCUGCUGUGGGUGCUCCAGCUGCAGCACCCAGGCAGCCAGGUAUGUUUGCCCAGAUGGCGACUACAGCCGCUGGAGUGGCAGUGGGCUCUGCAGUAGGACACACGAUCGGCCAUGCCAUGACUGGAGGCUUCGGUGGUGGACACUCAGAGCCUGCCAAGCCAGACGUCACAUACCAGGAACCGUACCAGGCUCAGCCGUACCAGGCUCAGCCCAUGUACCAGCAGCAGCCACAGUCCAUGUACCAGCAGGAGGCGCCUCAGCAGCAGCAGGCCUGCUCCUAUGAGCUUAAACAGUUCAUUGAGUGUGCCCAAAACCAGAGCGACUAUAAACUCUGUGAGGGCUUCAGUGAGGUGCUGAAACAGUGCAAGUCCUCUAAUGGUAUGUUAUGAGACGACAAAAACCUGGAGAGUGAAGAGCACACAAACUGAAUUAAGCAACCAUGCUGGAUGAAUACUAAGAGGGUGUUAAUUCACAAGGGAUGAAUAAACAUGCUUUAUUUUGACAGUUGAUUAUCAUCAGACAGCGUCAUUGUACUCAUUCUCAGGAAAGUGCUGCUGCAGAGUUUGUAAUAAUAGUAAAUAAUGUUUAUAUAUUUUGCUGCAUGUUGAUUUCAGUUGUCAGUGUUUUUCAUUAGCUUUAGUGCUUUUAAUUUAAAUAGAUGAACAACAUUUGUAGAUCAUGAUAACUUGUAACACCACCAGUUUCCACCUUCUGGAUUAUGGAUAUCUGCAGUUUGUUUGGGUUUCAAAAUAAUAAAGCACCCGAAUCUUAAAAACAA